AUGGCUACUCCCGCCGCUCAGAAUGCUGCCAACCCUGCGCCCGCGCCGACCGAGCACAAACUCGUCAAGUUCCACCUCGAGGGACACUUCCACUACACCUUCACCGUCGACCUCGAGCUCGACUUGGCGGACCCGAAGCUGGACAAGAAGUUCAACCUCGAAGGAGUACCGCUCGUCGGCAAGUGGCAGUGCGGCUUCCGGUCUUCCGACAAUGGCAGCAUCCGCGUACAAGUCUGGCACGGUUUCUUGCCGGUCGGCAUUUGGGGCGCACGAUCGACGGUACUGCUCGAAAUUUUCUCCGUCAAGGGAUCACAAGCGGAAUGCGUCGACAGUUCGAAGUGGCAGCCUCGUCCGAACCCGUCGCUCAAUUCCCAAUCUUCGAAGUCAUUCACCCACUAUUACUUAACCAUCAAGCCAGAGAUGCUGACGCGGGCGGCUGAGGCUUUUGAAGACGACCUCAAAGUCCAUCGUACCUAUCGGGUGACGUUCUCCAUUGACUCGGGCGGAGCUGAACCUCCUCAGAUGCUGCUCAAUCGGCUGCCUGCACUCGAGCUGUCCACGCCGCACAAAAGCGUCCGUUUCUUCUUCCCCCAGCAUGAAGCCGCCUUGUGGGCCGAAUCGCGCUUCUUGUCUCAGUCUUCUCCGUACUUCAAGACUCUUCUCUCGUCUGCGUUUGCCGAAGCCGUCUCUGUCCUUUCGAAGCGCCCCAAGACUCGUCGUGGUUCAGCGACAGCGGCCGCUGCCGAUGCCCGCGCGCAGGACUUUGACGACUCGGACGACGAGACGGACGAGCUCUACUUUCAGGCGCAUCCGCCUUCGCAGCACGAGCGCGACGAGCUGCAGCACUCGUACAAGGAGAUCAAGAUCGCCAAGACCGCCUUCACGACCUAUCGAGCCGUCCUCGCCUACCUCCGAACUGGCUUCAUCGCAUUCGCGCCACUGUCCUCGACGUUCUCUUCAGAGAACGACCCAGACGGUCCGACUCGCAGGUCUCGCAUCGAGGGAGCCGUCUCCUCCGACCCGACUCUGCCUUACCCGGCCUCUCCCAAGUCAACUUUCCGACUCGCUCACCUCCUCGAGCUCGCCGUGCUUCAGCACCUCUGCCUCACGAACCUCUCGAAGCAGCUUACUUCCGAGUCGGCGACCUACGAGCUCUUCUCCGACACCUCAAUCUGCUACGAUGCCUGGCGCAAGGUCGUCCUCGACUUUAUCGUCGAGCAUUACAAUGCCGUCACGAGCUCGGUAAGCUGGAAGGCCGAAACGGCGAAGGUCAGGCGCGACGAGAUUACAGGAGCGGCGCCGAUCAUGCUCGAACUGCUUGAGCUCAGGGCGGCGAAAACAGGUGCGUCUCCGAUGGGAUCGCCAACUCUGGCAGAUUCAGCUUCACCAACCAUCACCUCGCAACACGAAGAAUCUCUUCCGAUCCAUGGAUCGCACGUUCAGCUGCGAGAAGGGAGACAAACGGGUAUCCAUGCAGAAAAUGCUACGCAAUAA